GGCAAUCUUACCUAGCUAUAAUUCCUAUUGUGGAAAAGCGAAUGUUUUGCCUAACAGGUGUAAAUAAGUCAUAUCAGCCUAAACAAGAGCAUGAACGGUAGAAAAUACACCGCCUGGCUACCUGCAGAUUCAUGCACGUUCUAACCUUCUAAGAGAGAGCCUGUUAUUGUUAGGUGUUUAGUGAGUCUGUAUGUUAUUCUUUGAGAAUCCCCUUGACAAUACCCAAUGGAUCACGGUGCAAGUAUACCUAGUAUUCAAGAAGAAGCGUUCACUCCAAAGAUACGCCUGGAAAUCUGAGAGUAAUCUUCAUUUCCUCACCGCCUUGCCAUUAAUCAUCAUCCAAUGAUUAUCAUUUAAUGUGUCGUGAUUGUUUCCAUUUUUUCUCCCAAUCUCUUCUUUGUAUUUGAUAUUCCCUGCACAUAAUUCAAGUUUCCUUGUGUGGUUUCUUUACGUGAAAAUACAUCUUUUCCUAACCGACGUGGGCCGCAUUGACCCGGUGGCCACAUUCAUAAGUUCGGUUCGCCGGCAGCUCGAGCGGCUUCUGACGAUAAUCCCGUUCUCUGCAUGUCUCCAAGGUCCUCGUCCUCUGCAGCUCUCCGCUUGUGCAACGCCAGGAGACCCUCACUUUUUUCUCCAGCUUAUCGCUCCAUUGCAAAUUCCGGUGCCCUUGCGUCGAUCGCCCCUCCACCGAUUUCCCCACGGUACUUCUUACAGCGCUCUUGUUGGUGGUCUCGCGUGCGCACCGACGACAACUCUCAUUCUGUGUCGUUUCGUGCCCCAUUCUCUACCCGAACCACAACCAUGGCCUCGAUAGAACGAACCACGGAGCAUUUAGAGAAGCCGGAGCUGGAUGAUCGGUCGUAUCGCGUUAUUCGCCUUCCAAAUAAGUUGGAGGCCCUUCUUGUGCAUGACCCUGAUACAGAUAAGGCCAGCGCGGCCGUCAAUGUCAAUGUAGGGAAUUUCUCAGACGCAGAUGAUAUGCCAGGAAUGGCUCAUGCUGUUGAACAUUUGCUCUUCAUGGGAACAGAAAAGUAUCCGAAGGAAAACGCAUACAACCAAUAUUUAGCAUCCCAUUCUGGCUCGUCCAACGCUUACACUGCUGCCACAGAGACAAACUAUUUCUUUGAAGUUUCUGCUACCUCGGAGUCGAGUGACGGGUCGUCGAGUGGCAAAUCCACCCCGACGAGCGGGAAAGCCACUAGUGAGCAGACGGAUGGCUCUGAAUCGCAGCUUAGUAGUGAAUCGUCUCCUCUAUAUGGCGCGCUUGAUCGCUUCGCGCAGUUUUUCGUGUCGCCGCUUUUCCUAGAGUCGACGUUGGACCGCGAGUUGAGGGCGGUGGAUUCUGAGAACAAGAAGAACCUCCAGAGCGACUUGUGGCGCUUGAUGCAGCUGAACAAGUCGCUCUCCAAUCCUGCACAUCCCUACCACCAUUUCUCUACCGGAAACCUGCAGACGUUAAAGGAGGAUCCACAAAACCGCGGGCUGAAUGUUCGCGAUGAAUUCAUCAAGUUUUAUGAGAAGCAUUACUCAUCCAAUCGGAUGAAGUUGGUAGUUUUGGGGCGUGAAUCAUUGGAUGAAAUGGAACAAUGGGUUGGGGAUCUCUUUGCUGGUGUAAAGAAUAAAGAUCUGCCACAAAACCGUUGGGACGACGUUCAGCCUUGGUUAGCCGGCGAUAUGUGUAAACAGGUCUUUGCCAAGCCUGUGAUGGACACUCGUUCUCUCGACAUCUACUUCCCCUUUCUAGAUGAGGAGUUUAUGUAUGAGUCCCAACCAAGCCGAUAUAUCAGUCACCUGAUUGGCCACGAGGGACCCGGCAGUAUCCUGGCUUAUGUGAAGGCAAAGGGCUGGGCAAACGGCCUAUCUGCUGGUGUCAUGCCCAUUUGCCCCGGGUCUGCCUUCUUUACCGUCUCGAUUCGGUUGACAAAGGAAGGUUUACGGCAGUAUCGUGAAGUCGCGAAGGCGGUGUUUGAGUAUAUCGCCUUGAUUAAGGAACGGGAGCCUGAGCAGUGGAUCUUUGAGGAAAUGAAGAACCUCGCCGAAGUCGAGUUUCGGUUCAAACAGAAGACGCCUGCUAGUAGAUUUACCAGUCGCUUGAGUAGCGUUAUGCAGAAGCCACUACCCCGAGAAUGGUUGCUCAGCGGCUCGCUCUUGAGAAGCUACAACCCGGAGUUAAUCAAGAAGGCACUGUCAUACUUGCGGGCUGAUAAUUUCAGAAUGAUUGUCGUUGCUCAAGACUAUCCGGGAGAUUGGAACCUCAAGGAGAAGUGGUACGGCACGGAAUAUAAGGUUGAGGAUGUUCCUAAAGACUUCUUGGCUGAGAUUCAAAGAGCCUUGGGCAGUACCCCUGAAACCAGACUCUCUGAUCUACAUAUGCCUCAUAAGAACGAAUUCGUCCCCACUCGACUCUCUGUGGAGAAAAAGGAAGUGUCGGAGCCAGCAAAGACCCCGAAGCUCAUUCGCCAUGACGAUCAUGUCCGACUCUGGUUCAAGAAGGAUGACCGGUUUUGGGUGCCUAAGGCCACUCUCCAUGUCACUCUCCGGAAUCCACUGGUGUGGGCCACUCCUGCAAACCUUGUGAAGUCGAAGUUCUAUUGCGAGCUCGUCAGAGAUGCGUUGGUGGAAUACUCCUACGAUGCAGAACUUGCAGGAUUGGAUUAUCACCUCUCUGCGAGUAUCUUUGGGCUUGAUGUGUCGGUGGGAGGAUACAACGACAAAAUGGCAGUGCUUCUAGACAAGUUGCUCACUAGCAUGCGGGAUCUGGUCGUCAAUCCGGACCGGUUCCAUGUCAUCAAGGAACGUUUGUCGCGAGGAUAUAAGAACGCAGAGUAUCAGCAGCCAUUCUAUCAGGUUGGCGACUACACCCGGUAUCUGACUGCCGAGAAAGCAUGGCUCAACGAGCAAUAUGCUGCCGAGCUGGAGCAUAUUGAGCCCGAGGAUAUCUCCUGCUUCUUCCCCCAACUGCUCCGCCAGAACCAUAUCGAGGUGUUAGCACAUGGUAACGUGUAUAAAGAGGAUGCUCUUCGAAUGACAGAUUCUGUGGAGACCAUUCUUAAGAGCCGCCCUCUGCCCCAGUCUCAGUGGCAUGUGAGGCGUAACGUGAUCAUCCCUCCUGGGUCCGACUAUAUCUACGAGCGGACACUCAAGGAUCCGGCGAAUGUCAAUCACUGCAUAGAAUAUUACCUGUUUGUUGGGAACAUCACGGACGACGCUCUCCGGGCGAAACUGUUGGUAUUUGCUCAAAUGACGGACGAGCCUGCAUUCGACCAACUUCGAAGCAAAGAGCAGCUUGGGUACGUGGUUUGGAGCGGUGCACGUUAUUCUGCCACGACGAUCGGGUACCGAGUCAUUAUCCAGAGCGAGCGCACUUCUCAGUACUUGGAGUCCAGAAUCAACGCAUUUCUGAGCAGCUUUGGCAAGUCCCUAGAGGAGAUGUCCGAUGAAGAAUUCGAAGGCCACAAACGGAGUGUCAUCAAUAAGCGUCUAGAGAAGCUCAAAAAUCUGGGUUCUGAGACCACUCGUUUCUGGACUCAUGUUGGUUCUGAGUAUUUCGACUUCCUGCAGAACGAAUCCGACGCUGCCAACGUCCGGUCUCUGAGCAAAUCCGACCUUGUCCAAUUUUACGAAGAGUUUAUAAACCCUGAAUCACCCACGCGGGGUAAACUUUCUGUCCAUCUGAAAGCUCAAGGAGGUACGGAUACAACAGAGCCAAACAAGCAGAAGUUAUUAUCGCUUCUUACCAAACAGUUGGAGUCUGCCGGGCUCGCUUUCGAUAAUGAUCACUUGAAGAUCGCAGUUGAAAAGCUUGAUGUCUCAGCUGGCAAUGAAGACCAGAUCUUGACCGCUCUUAAGGUAUUCCUUGGUUCUGAGGUGAAUCUGUCCGAGGAGCAAAUGAAGCCGGUUCUCGAGCAGGCCGAACAAAACAUUGCCUUGCAUCUGAAGCAGGGCGGAAAGAAGCACCCAACCUACAUCACUAAUGUCCCUGAGUUCAAGGCACGUCUUGCUGUUAGCGCUGGCCCUAGCCCAGUGACGGACUUAAGCGAAUAUGAGGACUUCGAUGCCAAGCUGUAAGAGCGGAUUUCAAGAUCUGGUUGUUAUUUCUUUUUCUUUCUCUCAAACAUGAUCACUCCGCAUAGAUUCAGCAUUGAAGGCAUGGGUGUUGGGGUGGGUGGCGGUUUGGGGUUAUCGGAGGCAUGAAGUAGAUAGAUCCGUUUAGAGAGCAAACAAUCCGUCUUGGAUUUGAUAUUUUCUUUUUCCCUACUUGAUGAACAUCCCGGCCACCAUCCAAAUAAUAUGUAUCAUGCAAGGAAAGUACAGAUACCUUGUUAUCGUAUAGAAGGAUGCAAACUAGACG